AUGGCAUUCGCGUUCAGUCUGAAGAGCUUCAAACAAAUGGACAUCAGUGCCUUCAUCAACGGGCAAAGCCAAAAGUCCUUGGUGGUCGGGGUUAAAUCCUCGUGUAGCUUCCACGAGCAGCCAGGGUUGGCAUUGAGCAUCGGACAAAUUGCCUCCACUGCCUCGGGAUGUUCCAAUCCCAUUGAACUGAGUAGCCUGGCUCUACUCAAUAUCAACGUCAUCAACGAUGUUACAGCCGCGUUUCUUCUACUGGUGGGACCCAAUGUGUCCGUUCUCACUUUACCCAAAAACGAAAGACCGAUGCUAUUGAUACGUCAUACGCUGAGCCAUUUUCCGUCUUUGAGCUCGAAGCUGGUGGAUCUGAAUUGGACACUAAUGGCAGACGAAGUGUCGAAAAGGCUCAUCUUCACCUUCAGUGCUCUACAACCCAAUGAGGCCAUGGUGUUCCCCCCGAAGCAAGAGGAGAAGCAGAGCUUCCUAAGCUCGUUAUAUGGAAAACAAGAUAACCAAGUGUCCACCGCGCCCACUGUCCCCUUGAAAUUGAAGAGCCAAGAAGUGUUGUCAGAUGGAUUGGAAUCCGAGAUUGUGAUGAGGAAUUGGCAGUUCUCGGAGGUGAUUCUGGAAGAGGGAGGGACCAUCACACUAGCUCUGAUUGUGGCCAGGCUAGUGGAGCUGAAGGCCAAAGAAAGUAGCAUCGCAUUGGCUUUGGACGUGCUCCUGACGGUUGUGAAUAGUUCGGUUGAGUGUAUGAGUGAUUUCCUUCACCAUGGAGGGCGCCAGUUGUUGUCCCGUAUCCUGGAGGAAUCUCAGGGCUUACUGGGAAUAAAAUCCGUGUCUGUGAUUCUUAACCACGCUUGCACGAACAAAAUUUUAGACGUCAAGUCCUCGGGCCAAGUAUCUGUGUUGAAACACUCAAAUCCGAUUCUGUGUCAUAAUUUCCUCAUCGACAUUCUGAUCUCCCAAUGGAAGUUGCUGAAAACGCGGGUCGAGCCCAAAACGCCGGAUUCCAUGAGCAUUCUCGAAUUCAUCUUGCAUUCUCUCCUGGCUUUGGUGAGUGAAUCUCAAGCCCCUUCAAUGCAGCAACCGGAUGAGCUUGUUUCGCCCAGCUCUCUGAUUCAAGACCUCUCUGGGCAUUUGAACAACCACGAAACCAAGAAUCUGUGGAGUGCCUUCAAUGUAGAAGUACUCCGCCAGUUCAAUAUCGUCGAGACCAUCAUGAGAAAGAUACACGAAGAUCUGAAUUUUGGACCCCCCGGAGGUGACAACCAUUCAAUUCGAGUGGCCGAUAUCCUGAUCAAGAUGUAUGCAGCCAUCUUGGGCUCACCCAUGCAAUUGAAGAUUCUGCACGAUAUGAUGAUAAAUGCGGUCCUGCUUCACGAUCCUAACUUGACCUAUGUGAGUCAUUCCAAGUCGGGUCUCCUUGUGUCCAUUCUUGGCACCUCUCUGACUUCGGAGAAAACUUCUAGAGCCUCUUCAUUGACACUGGCCAGUAGCAAUUGCUCCAACACUCCCACUUCAGAAGACGAAAGACGGGAAAACACUCCCCCUGCGAGCAAUAACAUUAGUCAGACCAGUGUCCAAGGUGAUGACAAGCUUGACGAGAGUUCCAUGCUUAACGCAUUCCUCGUCUCAAACUCCGAGGAGGGUGGCUCUGGUCCUCAUUUGAACCCCUUGGAGCAUGCGGGCCCUUGGGGUGCGGAGAGUCCCUCAAGUGAGGCCGCUCAAGAGGAUCAAACGAGGCCCAAGAAUCUACGAGAUGCCCUAAUUGAGGGGCUUUUGCAGGAACUACUCUUGGGUUUCCGAACCGUUGAUGAUCGACAUAUGAAAAAGGUUCUUUCAGACACUUUUCUUCCGGAAUACUUUCUGGUCCUGAUGAAUAGUCCCAUCGCUAAUAUCCGGGUGCUCUGCUUGAAGAUGCUCUCUUUGUACCUGAAGAAGUCGGCCUGGUUUGAGGACUUCCAGCCCACGUGGACAAAAAUUCACGGCUAUGAUCUGUUGGCGUAUCAAUUACAGAAAUUCGAACCCACCAACAGACUCAUCGACGCCUAUCUGACCAUGGUCCAUAGGUCAAUGUCCUUCCGAUUAGAGGAUCAAGUGGAGUUGGCCAACCGAGAUAUCUCGCACAUCUCCGCCGAAAUCCUUCGGCCAGCCAUGGUUUUGUUGCCUCAAACCGUGACGAAUAUUCCCCUGGCACAUGGCUUCAUUCUCCACCUCCACGAGGUCUUCUCAAGGUCCCGAGAACUCUUGAUUGCCCACCAACAGCUUGGAUUGUUCCUAUCAGUUGGAAAGUCCCUGGCCAACUUGGCUCAUUCGGAUCAGAAGAAAUCCGACAUCUACGACCAAGACACCCGAGACAUUGUUUUCAAUGAUCUGCAGGAUUUUCUGAGACUCGUGGUACUGAGAUUUGUCGGGUUCCAUGGGAAGGAAAACUUCACUAUAAUCGAAGAUCUUCUGCAGAGUCUAGCCUUUCUCUGCCGGGAUGAAUAUCUCGUCCAUGGACCGUGCAGUGUCGGUACCAAGGCCAUUCGAACGGCUUUCUGCGUUGUCGUGGAGGAAUCCAUCUCUGAAUUGGAAACCAAGUUGCAGCAAUUCGGCCGGAGGAGCCACUCCCCUGGGCGUAAUCGAGGCAUAGGCUCCAGCAAUCUAUACGGAGCGUUCCAACCUUGGGAGGAAAUGACCUACAUGUUUAUGCGAACUAUGCGGACAGCAGCCAGCACGACUCUCUCUGAUUCAUCCCUGGAUCUGACGCGUGCGGCUAAUGAAUUGAAUAACGAGCAUGGCAAACCUGCCACUCAUUCGGAAUUGUCUAAUCGGAGACAUCGCAUCAUUGAUCACACGGUCGAAUUUGUGCUAGCCAUUGAACCCAAAAGCGACGAGAGUCUAGAUUAUGCUCCAAUGGAAUCCGAUUUCCUUUUGUCUCUUCUUGGUCUUCUCAUCCGCGAGAUCAAAAACAUUACGGAGAGUUGCAAGAACUUCACUUCGUCCAGCCCCAAAAGAGAACAACAAACGCCCUUUCGAUUGUUUCUAAGGCUGUUGAACUUCAUGGUCUCGCCGCGAUUUCCAAUUCACUCUCGAUUGAAGGCCAUCAAGAUCGUGGCUUCAGAUGUGGUGCGAAAAGAGACCCUAGAAAAGAUAUUUCAAGUCAUUCCUCCCUUGACCCAGGUCCUGGGAGUGUUCAUGCAAGACAUCAAAAUUCAUCACGACUCCGAGCUCGAUGAUGACGAAAAACUGGCUUUUUUCCCUCUGUACUUGGUUUUCGAGAGGUUGGGCCUGUUCAAGAAGCGUCAAGCAACUGAGGAUCUCUCUGGCGCUAUCAAAAACGAAUUAGACGAGAUCUACUUCCAAGAAAGCCGGACCCGCCAAUUCUACUACGAAGGCAAUCAAGAGUGCCUUCAGUCGGUCAAGAAGAACUUCGCCAAGCGAACCGAAAAGACCAAUCAAAGUGCCAUUCAAGUGACGAAGGUUGUGACCAAAAUACAAGACCACGCUCGCAAAGCUGUGAUCAGUCAAAUGAAGGCUGACAUGGCCCAGGCCAUCAAGAACCGCCAGACAUGUGAGCGAAUCAUUGACAGAUUCACCCAUGAGAAGGCCAUCUGGCAUUUCAAGGAGAAAUAUCCCCAAUCCUGGUUCUUGUCUGAAGUUGAAGGCUCUCAAAGAAUGCGGAUUCGUUUGGAGCGCAAAUUCUCCAAUAUCGACGCCAAACUCUACCUAGAAGAACACCGCUCCAAGGCCAAACGAGACUUGGAAGGUCAGGAUGAUGUCCACCCAUUUCCCUUUGGUUUCUUGACGCGAUACAAAUCGAACAUGUCCUCCAUCUUGGUCGAGAAUCUCAACUCGGAUGAUCAAAUCCGAUUCACGGAAAAGGUGGUGCUAGUCGUUCCCGAGGAGGAGGUCCAGGGCGAGAUCCUUCUCAGCCAGUCUCACCUCUAUUUUGUUGAGAGAGACCCAGAAUCUGGCACGGAUCAAAAAGAGCUCCAACGUCUGCGCUCGUUCUCGUGGAACAUGGAUCGUUUGCGCGAGAUUCAUCUUCGUUGGUACCAGCUCAAUGACAACGGGGUGGAGCUCUUUUUCGCCAGCAAUCGAACGCGAUUCUUCGUCUUUGGCAACAAAAAGACCCGAUCACAAUUCAUACGCUGUUUGGGCGAGUGUUUGCCCAAACUUUCAGAACUCCCCGAUCCCGAGGAGAUCAUGAAGCUCUGGCAGGACGGGACGAUCACCAAUUUCGACUACCUGAUGCAGCUCAACAAACUGGCCGGGCGCACUUUUAACGACUUAAUGCAAUACCCGGUGUAUCCAUUCAUCUUGUCAGACUACACUUCCGAAAGUUUGGACCUGACCAAUCCGGCGAUUUAUCGGGACCUUCGCAAACCAAUCUCAAUUCAAAACCCUGAAAAGCAGGAACGCUUUGAGAACAACUACGAGGCCACCAAGGGCACUCAACUCGGCCCCUACCACUAUGGGUCGCAUUAUUCCAAUUCCGGGAUCGUACUCCAUUUCCUGAUCCGAGUUCCGCCCUUCACAUCCAUGUUUCUGAAAUAUCAGGACGGCCACUUUGACAUCCCAGAUCGAUCCUUCCACGAUCUUCGGAACACUUGGAAUCUGGCCAGUAGUGAUUCAUCCACCGACGUUAAAGAGCUCAUUCCCGAUCUCUUCACCUUGCCCGAGCUUUUUUCCAACCUGGAAGGAUUAGACAUGGGUCAGAAACAGACCGGGGACUUGGUUCGGGACGUGAUUCUACCCCCGUGGGCCAAGAACAAUCCUCGAUUGUUCAUCAAGCUCCAUCGGCAAGCUAUCGAGUCCAAGAUUGUUCGGGAAUCCAUCUCUCAUUGGAUUGAUUUGGUAUUCGGAUACAAGCAAAGAGGAACGGCCGCUAUGGAGAGUAUCAACGUAUUCUACCCCGCCACUUACUACGGGUUCGAUCUGGACUCCAUCAAGGAUCCAGUGGAGCGGAUAGCCCGUGCCACCAUGAUCAAGACCUAUGGUCAAACCCCGAAACAGUUGUUCAAACAGCCCCACCCGCUCACCACAAUCGAGUGGAGCAAGCGCAAUCAAAUCAACAACAAUAAUAUCGCCUCCCGCACCGUGCCGCAAGUGAUGGACCACAUCAAAGGUGUUCGAUGGGGCAGCUACGUUGGAUCACCAUCCCAAUCCUCGCCCAGAAUAGAAUCCCGUUCGAUCAAGAACGGGGUCGUAUCAAAAUUGGUGAUUUCCAACAGUAAUGAGAUUUUUGGGUUGAGCGACCAUGCUGCCCUGCUGAUCAAAUAUUCGAAUGAAGGCUCCUUUGUGCCCUAUGUACCGUCCUUACUCUUGGGAGCGGCUCUCGUGCAAGCCGAUCCGAAUGAAGGUCAUCUGCGCGCCAAGAUCAAGCGGACUGCCCCAGCCGAAAUUGUCAAGCAUUUUCCACGGAGCGAUACCAUCACCCAGUUGGCGAGUGAUCCGUCCAGUGGACAGAUCUGGGUGGCGUUCAAAUCUGGUAAGAUUGUGGCGAUCUCCUAUGAAUUCAACCACGCCACGUUGCAACUCAGUCUGCACAAGCAGUCGUCCACAUUGUACGGCCAUCGUAGUGAAGUGACCACCCUGGAACUGUGCUCGGAUUUCGGGUACCUCCUGAGUGGCUCCACGGACCAUACCUGUCUCUUGUGGGACAAGGAAGACUCUCACCUGAUUCGUGCCUUGGAGCUAUCUGGUUCAGUGCAAGUGACUGCCACGAGCAAGACUUCCGGAGACUUGGCCGUCUCCUGUUCCUUUCCCUCUUCUUCAACUACUUCCCCUACAAGUGCCAUUAUGGAUUCGGACGGUCGUCCCAAUAGCUGUGAGUUAAGUUUGUACACCAUCAAUGGAGUCCUGGUGGCCUCUGAGGCCGUGGAGCCUCCAAUUACAGCCCUGGGAUUCUCCUCGUGUCCCGAGGGCGUCUCGGUCAAUGCCUUGGCGAGUGGUCACCUCAAUGGAAACGUCCGACUUUGGAGCUCGUGGGAUCUGAGUCCCCUCACCGACAUACCCACCGCACAAACCUCUCCCAUCACCGCCUUGGCCUUCAACUUGUGCAAUCAGAAUCUGUUCGUGGCCACGCAAGAGCGCGAAGUGAUUAUCUACGAGAAAUCCCACCCGAAUAGUAGCCACCCAAAGGCUGCCUAUGUGCAUUUGACCUCCUUGUAUUAGCGUACAUCCACUUGGUAUUGGCCAUGGCCUUCCCUUGGAUCGCACAACUGGGCCGAUAAAAGUAAAAGAAAGCACAGAAGUUAACUCUUAAGCCACAAACGCAUGAUCCAUAAAGAAACGAUCGCUGUGAUGAAUGUCAAGUUCCUUGUUUUCGAGCCUUUUUCCCCCCUGAUGAUAAGCGUGGGAAUUGGUUUGUGUCCCUUUCGAUUUUGAAGCCCGUCAGCCACUUCACAAUGCACACACGCUCACGUACAACUUAUGACAAAAAUACAUUGGAAAGCCAUGCAAUGCAUCAUUAAAUAAUUCAUCACGAAUGUUGAUUCUGAAAUCAAAAUUUAUUCUCGUCAUCAUGCUAUUAUUAUUAUUAUUAUUAUUAUUAUCAUUCUUAUUAUUAUUAUCAUCAUCAACAACAACAGCAACAACAAAUACUACUAUUACCAUUCAUUACAUUAUGAUCCUCACCAUUAAAUCCUAGACAUAUGCAAGAUCCUAUAUCCCUUGGAAUGAUUAUAAUUUUUCAAUCCCUUUUUGAAAUAUAGCUCAUACUCGUC